CACAGGAGUCUACAACCCAAACCACCAGGGUUUAACUUUCCUUGAUUUCUUCCAAUUACUAUCCACAAGGAUACGUAAUUCCGUUAAUUUCAUUUAGUCGCACAUAUAGCGUACUCUGGUUUUGUUGUUAACUCUUUUACUUGCAGUGGAAUCAAAUAUUUUUCAUGUUCCUUCUACAUCUUCAUAACAUAUGACUUUCUUCAAGGAGGCAGCUCUGUCACCCCCUACCUCACCCCCAAACCAACCUUGGACUCUUCAUCCAGCUGCCUCUUGUAAUCGUCCACCUGUGAUGUCAGGGACGUCUUUAUCCUCAGGAUCUGAUUAAGCCGGCUCUGGGAUUCUUCAUAUUCCCGGCUCAGUUCACUGUUUUCAGCUGGGCGAGAAGGGAACGGAAGAAGCGUUGGGUGGAGAACUAGCUCCCCCGCCAGAUCCUAAGCCUUGCUCCCAAAGUGCCCAUCAGUAUAGUGGCUCGGCCAGCUGAGCUGGAAUGGGGAGCAGGGCGACCACCGCAUCAGCUGCCCAAAUCUAGUGGGCCCAGGAGGGGAGCAAGUGCCCAAGGGUCGCCACCAUCCAGGUGAUUUGCAUGGGAUAAGCGGCUUCAGAUAGCGAAGCCCCUGGCAGGAGAUACAGCAAAGAAGUUUGGAGAAAACAGUCGUUUACUUUGAAAAAAAAUGCAUUUGUCACGGUCCCAGAACCUACACUCCUGUCAUUUGUAGACUGCUCUCCGGAGCCAGAGGCCAGGAGAAGGUGCAUGAGCCAGAGAACCAGCAAGGGUUCCCAGUUCUGCCCUGUAUCUUCGGUUUUGUGACCAUGGGCACGUCACUUCACCUCACUGAGUUUCACUCUUCUUAUCCAUCAAAUGGGGAUACUGAUUUUAAAAAGUAUUCAGAAUGUGGAAAGUAAGGCCAAAGGAGGUUGUCUGGUGUCAAACGAGAGUGUUGUCUAACUGGUGCGCCUCAGGAGCGUUAACUUCUCGAAGGAAAUGCACCUUUGCUUGACUUAACUGUUGACCCCUCUUUAGAGCCCAGACUCUACGAAGUCAGACGUUAACUUGCAUAUUGAUGAGUUGCAAAUUAGUUUUGACCUAGAGAUGCAGAGAAUUUCUUCUGGUAGAAAAAACCCCAAAUCAAACCUAGAGGUUGCAGUAUUAUUGCCGCAUAGGACAUGAACCAGUUUUGCAUCUAACUCAGCAGAGUUACUGAAACAUUCCUUUCCCGACUGGCUGUGUAAAUCUCGGCCCCCUCAGGUGCUUUUCAAAGGCAGUUUUCCCAUUUUUCUGGUUCCCUCAUUAGUGACACGUGUUCGCUUUACGUUAGUAGGCAGGUCAUGUUUGAAAAUGUUUGAAAAUUGUGUUUUGUCGGUAUUACUGCUCCUCCUGCUGAUCUCACGGGGUGGCUGAGAGAACUGAUAGGAAAAUGUUUUGGACAGUGUUCCCUGUUUUACACUGUAAAGACGUUACUUGGAGCACUCAGUGGGAGGAAGAAAAUCUUCUCGUCUCGUCACAGGGGAUGUGGAUUUUCCAAGGUCAAGGAAGCUCUGGGAGGACACCCAGGUACUCUUUCAGUUUCCUUGAGGAUCCCCACUCCUUUCCAUGCACUGUUCCUUAGGAAGCUGUGGGGAGGGGAGAGCUCACCUUGGAGGCGGGUCCUGAUGGCGUUGAUUUCCGCCUGGUUCCGCUCCAGCUCAGCCACCUUGGCAUUGGCCUCUGAUAAGUUAUCUUCCAGCUUUCGAACGUGGGCCUCGGCAUUCAUCUGCUCAGGGAGAACGAACCCAGUGGGGAAAUGGGGAGGGCCAGGCCAGGCCCUCCCUGCUUCCCAGCUGCGCUGCCCUAGUGCAGCCUCCCAGGCCACCUACCUCAUCCUUCUAGAACAUCCCUGUCUCAGAAACCUCCAGUGGCUCACCAUUUUCUAUCAACGUAAGCCCAGAGCCUUUGGGUUGGCACACAGCCCCUCACUCCCGGGCCCCUGCUGACCUCACUCGAUAGGAAAAUGCCGGGAGCCAGUUAAUUUAAGGAAAAAUACCAGCAUUAGAGCAGGCGCCUGCAGAUAAAACAGGAACUACGAAGAUGCCUCGUGAGUGUCUGAAGUUUGGAGACACUAGUUGGCUGGGACCUGGACCCCCAAAGCAUCAUCCCUGCUCACCUUUGGAGCACCACCCGCCACUUCCCUUGUGUCACAAGAAGACUCUUCCUGUGGCAGGGGCUGGAUAAAUGCAUGUUGAGUGGCUUAAUUUUACUUUAAUUGUACUUAAUUUUCUUUCUUGCCACAUAUCACUUUUUCAUUGUGGCGAUGAUUGUUUCUCCUACUAAGUCUCCAACUCCUGGAGGAUAUAGUCAUACUAAUGUCACGAUGAUCCUAAUAGCUCACAUUUAUUGAGCUUUUCUUACGUGCCAGGAACUGUCGUAGCCCUAACAACAGCACUAUGAGGUGGGGACUAUCAUUAUUCCCCAUUUUACAGAUGGGGAAGCCGAGGCACGGUUAGGUUGUGCACCUUGGCCGAGGUUAUACACACAGCCAGUGGGGUCUGUGAUGGGUCCAUCUUGGUUCCCUUCACAGCAUCUAGAAUGGACCUUGGACCUGUCGGGGGACUCGGGGGAUAUUAUUUGUGAAGGCUCUGCGGGGUGUUCCCCCUCACCUUGGACUUCUGUAUGGUCUCCACGCUGGCGUUGAGGUCGUCGAUCUCGGCCUUCAUGACCUGCUUGUCCUUCUCCAGCUUGGACUUGACCCUCUGCAGGUUCUCCACAUGCUCGGUCAGCUCGGCCAUGGAGUCUGUGUGCUUCUUGCGCAGUGUGGAGGCCGCUGCCUCGCUCUGCAGGGCCACCUCCUCCAGCUCUCGCCGCAGCUUCAGCAGCUCGGCCUCCCGCUUGCGGUUCUGCUCGAUCUGGGGCGGAGCAGAAGAAGGGCUAGCGGGCUGGCCGGUGCUGGCCUCCCUGGGGCAUUCAGUCCAAAUCCCACCUGCAUCCACUGAACCGAGGAGCCCCAGAAGAAGGUGGACUGAACCAGCCCCCUCUUGCCUAUUCUUUAUCAUUGAUUGGUUUCUCCUCAAGGGAGCCCCGGGAAUUCAGCAGGAACUAACUGGUCCUUAUCCCCCUGCUCAUCGUCCAGCAUUUGUUUCUCCACGCAGGCAGGCAGGCAGGAAUCGGGGUUCCUGGACACCCCGAGGAUGGUACCUGAGCAGAUGUGGCUCCCCCAGCCUCUUCCAGCCUGUCACUGAGGUCUUCGAGGUCUCGGGACAGGUCACUGCGUUGUUUCUCCACCUGGGGGGAGAUGGGAUAACACUGACCUUGGCCGUCCAAGAACCCCUGUUUCUCUGGUAAGGAUUGUGAUCACCAUGUGGCGUUUGUGAGGCCAGGGGCCUGCGCGUGGGGAGCUCUGCACUCUGCCUGUCACCCCCCCACACACAGCAGAGGAUGCUCUCUGUCCUCUUCCCUGCACUGGGGGGGCCUUAGUGCCCAUCCUGCCACCCAGCCCAGCUGGGCUGAAGCUGGAGUUAGGUGUGUUACGAUCCAUCUCCCUACAGGAUCCCUGCCCUCAAGCCUUCCUCCACUCCUGGCUCUUCCUUUCACACCUUUGUACCUGUGCACAUAAGUGCUAUUUGAUUCCCUUUGCCUAGAAACUCCUCCCAACCUCAGCCUGUUGAAUGCAGUCUUCCAGUCCCCAGGCUAACAUUGCCCACUCUCCUUGGACCGCACAACAAAGAGCAUCUGUGCCUCUUACGUCGUCAUUAAUGGGCACGUGUAGCACAGUGCCUGGCACACAGUAGGUGCUCAAGAAACAACAAGUCCUUUCCAACCGGAACCCCAUCCUCCUCCCUACUGGUUUCUCAACAGGAGUUUCUGCUCGUUGUUGGAUUCUGGCUUCACUGGGUCCUUUGCCUCAGGAAAGGAGGGAGGAAGACGCAUCUCACUUACCUUGGCUCUCAUUGCCCUCUCAGCCUCCAGCUCUUCCUCCAGCUCCUCGAUUCGGGCCUAGCAGGCAAAAAGGCAGACAGAGCGGGACAUUUAUCUCUCCUGGGUGAAGUUAGAGACCCACCCACUGGCCUUUUAGAAUGAAAAUGAUGGAAGACAGCUAAGUGUAUGCGGGACGCUGUCAAAAGCAGAGGGAAGCGGGCCACAGAGAGCGUGUGCAAUGGUCCUGAGGCAGGAGGGAGGCUGGGGUGUGUGAGACCCCGCAAGGGGCCAGAGGGGCUGAACGGAAUGGUGGGGGAACGGUGGGUGACAAGCCAGGGAGGGAGCAGGGGCUAUUGUGGAGGGUCCUGUGGCCACUGUGGGGACUUGGAAUUUAUCCCAGCAUGAGGUGGACAUCAGUCAGUCUCUGAGGACUCUGUGGCAGCAGCAGAUCCGCUGAUGUGAGCAAAGGUGCAGGCCAGUGCCUUUCAAAAGAGGAUCUGGGUCUCCUCCAUCCCGCACAGACAGACCUGGUGUUCCUUUAGUUUCCGCUGCAGCGUGGAAUUCAGGGACUGCUCAUCCUCAUAUUUAGAGUUGACAGAAUUGAUUUCCAUAUCUCUCCUGCAAGAGAAGGUUUGACCUCCUGAGGAAAAGCUCUGAGGCUAGACCAGCAAGCUGGCACGGGAAUGGAGCUGGGGCUGCCGGGGGAGACCUUGACCCUGCUGAGACCCACUCAGCCCUGACCCCUGGCCUUCUCACCCUACAGAUGAGUCGCCCUACAGAGCCCCAGGAUUUGCUCCACUGGUUUUUCACUCACUCAUUCAUUCACUUGUGCAUUUAUUACUUUGCCUUCAAUUUAUUGAGUCCCUCCUGGUGCCAGACAUUGUCUGGGGUUCCAGGGACACAUCAGUGAACAAAACGGACAGAAGUCACUGCUGUGGUGCAGCUUACAGUCUAGGGGCUCCAGCAUCACACAGAUGCUUGGCCUUUUUAGGGAAAACGUUCCUCCAAAAUCUUUCUGCAAAAGGCUGUCUCCUGAUGUGAGUUUCACGUGUCAAGAGCCACGUGUGAGAGGUAAGAUGCCAGAGACCAAGCAGGUGGGGAGGAUGGGCAGGGUCACCCGCACCUUCUGGGUGUGCCUCGCAAGAAAUGUGCUGAGAUGCAGAUUUAGCUGCACACGCCCUCUUGGCAGCCUGUGGUGCUUUAGAAUUGCCCUAGCAAAAUGUACUUCAAAGAUGCAUUGUCCAGGGGACUUCCCUGGUGGCACAGUAGAUGAGACUCUGUGCUUCUAAUGCAGGCGGCCUGGGUUUGAUCCCUGCUGGGGCAACUAGAUCCCACAUGCAUGCUGCAACUAAGAGUUUGCAUACCACAACUAAGGAGACCAUGUGCCACAACUAAGGAGCCCGCCUGUCACAACUAAGACCUGGCGCAACCAUAUAAUUAAAUAAAUAAAUAAAUAAAUCUUUUUUAAAAAGAUGCAUUGUCCAAAUUCUGCCCCCUAAAAGCUUUCCUUACCUGCCUCCUUAUCUCCAUCCCUUCAGCCUCUUACUCAGUUCCGGUUUAUGCUUGGACUAUUGCAGUAGUUGUCUUCCUGCUUUCUCCACUCCACAUGUGCUCCAUGUUAUUACCAGGGUGAUAUUGCUAACAUAUCCCCUCAACUCCUUGUGAUCUUUGAGAGCCCAAUUUUCAGGUUUCUGCAAAGACUCCCUGACCUCUGGGGUGGGUGCAUUGCUUAGUACCUGUGUCCUUUCCAGCGCCCAGCAGGCCCUGUGUGAGGCUGGGAACUACCUGAGAACAGGGAAGCACCUGCCCCUCCCUCCCUAAUCCUCCGAGCUGAGCACAGUGCCUGGUACAGAACAGGUUCAGGGGACAUGCACUGAUACACAUGAAGCCCUCAGCAGAGUGCCUGGCGCCGGGUGCCAUCCAGGAAGUGCUAGAUAUUGCUAACACUGCUAUGGGCAAAAUGAAAGACUGCGUACUUUUUCACCACCUCCUCGAGAUCUAGCUUGGACCGCUCCAUCUCAUUGAGAUUGUCAAUGGUCAUCUUCAAGUCACUCUCAGCUUUCCGGCGAGCUUUUUCCACUUCCGCCCGGAUUUUCUUUUCCUGUUCCCAGUUAUCCUCCAGCUGCGGAGACAAAAAAUACAAAAGAAAGUAGGGUGUGUGUGUGUGGGGAGGGUUGUCUGAGGCCAGAAUGCAACAAAGAACCAGACUGGGUCUGGUUCCUUAGCUGUGGCAUCAGAAAGGGCCUCACUUCCCAGUUUCCCAAAAUGUAUCUGAGAUCCCUGUGACCUGGGACAGACCUGACUGUCGAGCUAUAGAAUCAGACCCAACGACGGGGCAUUACCUCAUGGAUCUGGGUGCUAAGCUUGCUGUUGUUCUUGGUCAGAUGGUUCACCUUGUCCUCCUCGGCUUGCAGGUCAUCAAGGGUUUUCUGGAAGGAAAGAUACACGUGUGUGUCCUGUGAGGCAGGCGGGAGCAGCUGAACAGAUCUGGUUCUCUGCCAUCACUUCCGAGCUGAGUUGAUGAUGUCAGUGAUCAGUUACAGAGCACCUGCUCCUGGGUGGUGGGUGAGGCCACGGCACACUGAUCACCCGUCAGCCACAGGGACACUGGACAUCUGGCCUUGCUCUGGAUAAUGGGUGCCAUGAAGAAUAAUUCUGCAUUUCACACAUUUGCUGUCGCAUUCAGCCAUUCACUGUCUGCUCCAAUGGGACUACAUUUAUCAAGAGUCAACCCCUGGAGACCGAGAACUGUACUCAAGGUAUCGGGAAGACACCACUCACCUCUGUUUGAACUCUGGGUACUGCAGCCUGUUUGGGAAGCCCUUCCUGCAAAUACGGAUGCCUUCCAGGACUCCAUUGCAAGCCAGCUGGUGCAUGAUCAGCAGACUCCUGGAAGAAAGCAACGCUUGAUCCCAAAGCUCCAGCAUGAGGGCGUUUCAGGCUCUGUGACAGCUGGACGGGCAGGUAUUUGUAGGUAUUGCGGGACAGGCAGUCCACUGCCUGUUUUGGAGACUUUUCCAGGGAGGUAAGGCUGGUCCCUAUCGAAGACCCCUGGCUGCCUGGAUGAUAGCUUCUCUAUGACGGGCCUGAGGGUGAACCUCGGAGACAAGGUAUGUUCUUUCUUUAUUUUUUAACUUUUUACUUUGAAAUAAUUUCAGGCUUGCAAAAAUGGUGCAAAGCAUUCCUGUAUAUCCUUCAUCCAACUUCUCCAAAUGUUACCAUAACCUCUGUACAUAAUGAUGAAAACUACGAAAUCAAACUAAGAAAUCGAAGUCUGUGCGGACUUUGUUCAAAUUUUGUCAUCUGUCUUGUUAAUGUCCUUUUUCUAUCCCUUUUCUGCAUUUAAUCAAACAGUAUAUAUUAUUUUUUCUUUUCUUUUAAAUUUUUGUAAAAGAUUUAUUUCAUUGAAGUGUAGUUGAUUUACAAUUUUGUGUUGAUUUCUGCUGUACAGCAAAGUGAUUCAGUUAUACAUAUAUAUAUAUACAUUCUUUUUCAUAUUCUUUUCCAUUAUGGUUUAUCACAAGAUAUUGAAGAUAGUUCUCUGUGUUAUACAGUAGGACCUUGUUGUUUAUCCAUUAUAUAUAUAAUAAUUUGCAUUUUCUAAUCCUAUAUAUUCCUGAAUGAGGCCAUUUGUUAAAACAUUCCCUAUGGUGUGAUUACAGGGGAGGCUAUUAGAUGGCCUUGGUUAAAACCCAACUCUGCCACUCAUAGGAUGGAUGACCUUGGAUAGGUGACUUCCUUUUUCUGUGCCUCAAUGUGAAACGUUUAUAAUAAAUUCUGUGAAAUGGUUAUAAUAAAUUCCUCCCCACCAUUGGUAGCUUGUGAUGAUCCAAUGAGUGAAGGCAUAAAACAGCCGAACUAACAGUGGCCAUUGCAGUGACUGUUGUACCCAUUCUGCAGAGAGGAAGCUUGAGGUGAGAUAAACUGAGGUCAUCUGCCAUGUUGCUGACUCCCCCGAAACCACAGGCCCCAGUGAAAUCCCUUCCUGAGAUGUGCCCCAGGGUCCCGACCUCUCUCCAAGCCCCUCCUUUGAGAAGUGUGGUACCUUUUCCAGGAGGUCGAUGCAGGCCUGCAGGUCAAGGCCAAAGUCGAUGAAGACCCAGUCGAUGCCCUCCUUCUUAUACUCCUCCUGCUCCAGCACGAACAUGUGGUGGUUGAAGAACUGCUGCAACUUCUCGUUGGUGAAAUUAAUGCACAGCUGUUCGAAGCUGUUGAACUGUGGCAGGAAGACAGAAAGAGGCGCAUUAACCCGGACGCAGACACAGCCUCUCCCCAGAUUGAAAGCUGAUCCACAAGCAGAGCUAAAGCUUGCUGAGGGCCGACCAGUGUCUGGCAUUUCCCCGGAUGCACCCACCACCCGGUCAGUGCUCCCAUUGGCCCUGCAAGAAGCCCUUCUCAGCUACCCUCCCCUGCAAAGGCACAGAACCCGGGCCACCCAAUGCUGCUGCCAGCACCCAAAACUCAGACUCUGGCCCCGUGUGGUUAAUGAACAUCAUUUUAUUUCUAGAGAUGGAUCAUUUGAGAUGCUUUAUUGCUCUGACCUCCUGUGUGCCUUUAGACAGUUCUCUCUCUCUCUGGUUUUUCUCAUCCUCAUCUGGAGGAUGAAGCUGUUUGAGGGGUUUAUAAGCCUUUUUAUUUUUUUUAAACCAGAGACUGCUUUCUCUGAAUGAAACCCCCUGCUGAAGCCUCAUAUGAAAAACAGGUCAAAGGAGAGGUGCCAUUGUCAUCACAGAGCAACCUGCAUGGAGCAAGUACGUGUGUCAGACCCUGGCUAAGCUGCAUCUGCUCAAAACCCUUACAAGGCAAGAAUGAUGAGUGUCCUCAUCAAAGAUGGGGACACAGAGGCACACAGCUUGGAAGUGGAGGAGCUGGGAUUCCAGCCCCAUUUGUCUAUUGCACCUGCCCUGCUGUUGACACAGGUGUCAUCCUCACUCCCUGGCCUCACCCUGCUGGCCAUCAGCGGCUGCCCAGAAGUCCAGGCGGCGUGGUUUGGAAACUCUCUCUAAGGUUCUUUCCACCUAUGGAAUUAAAUGAUUCUACUAUAGACAGCAGCCACAUUAGCCUUUUAGAGCCUGAGAGAAAUUGGGCUAAACUAUUUUUUUUAACCCAUCUUAGAAUAAUAGGACAGUGGAGCUGAAAUGGACCUUAGAGGUCAUCUCUUCCAGACUGCUCAUUUUAGAGUUGAGACAACUGAGGCUCAGAGAGGGCCACUGUCCGAAGGCCACACAGCUAGUUGGUGGCCAACCCGAGUCCAGAACUAGGUCUCCCGACUCCUAAUCAUGCUGCCUCCAGUUACAAAGGUAAAAUCUUCCUGACCCAUGGCACUCAUCUUAUGAUGAGACCUGAGCCUCAUUUUUGUGGGCAAGAGGUGGGAGCCACCAGUAGUGUGCUGAUAAAUCAGCUCUCUCUCUCUCAAAAAAAAUGCCUGAUUUGUAGUGUGGGCUGAUCUCCAUGGUGUAAAUACACCUCGGACAUGUGUCAACAGGAUGGCAACUGGUCACAGAGUUCUUGAAAAUUCACCAGUCAGUUCUGGUGAGCCAGUACAGGCUGGAUCCAGCCAGCACGGUGCUCAUUCUAUCUGUUAUGUUCUCCCUGUUCUUUGUGACUUGGCACCGUACAAAUGAAGAUGGAACUUUCCGAAAGCCAGAAGCCAGAGAGCCAGGAGCAGACUGAGAUCGGCCGGCCCCAGGUCCAAGGAAACAAGAGAACCUUGGUGAAAAGUCACUUAUCAAAGGAGGGUGGCCACCCCAAAGCAGAGAUGGAAUGCGAGGCCAGACACACCUCAAAGAUCUCGAAGCCGGCAAUGUCCAGCACCCCGAUGAAGAACUGCCUUUGCAUCUUGGUGUCCAAGGUCUUGUUGAUCCUGACCACCAGCCACUUGAACAUCUUGUCAUAGAUGGCCUUGCCCAGGGCCCCGAUGGAGUUCUGGCACUGUUCCAUGUUCUGGCCCUUCUGCACAAACUCGUUGCCUACUUUGACCCGGGGCCUGGUGAUGCCCUUCUGGAGCUCCCCAGAAUUGAGACCCAUGAGAUGGGCGACUUUGUCGGCCACUGAGUAGGGAUGGAAGAAGCAGCCAUGCUGAGUACUCACGUCUGUGACCUGCAGCUCCUCCCCGUCGUCCAUGUUAUCCACGGUGGUGACACCCUGGCUCACCCAGAAGUACUCCUUAGGGUUGGGGACCAGCAGAAGACUCUCUGCCAAGAGCAGGAAAGCAGCCCCUCCAUCACUGUGUACCCACAUCUCUGCAUUCAAGCACCUGGAUUUCAAUACUGAACUGGACUCUGGUUGAUAUAGACCCGGACGGAUAAAAAUCUCUGGGAGGGAGAUGCCAUGACUUGACUCAUCCCAUUGCGGCCCUAACCCAGAGAGCAGCUGUGCCCAGUCGGCCCUACCUUCCCAUCCGAGGACUGUUUGCCAGUUCCUCCGAUGUUGGCAAAGUACUGGAUGACCUUCUUCGUGUUCUCAGUCUUGCCUGCACCAGAUUCUCCACUGCAGGUGGAAAACGAGAGCAGAUGAGUGAAGGACAAAGAGGAGAUUGCCCGCAGGGAAGCAACGCGAUGAAAGAUGGAAGUCACCAGGGACAUGAGACCAAAAUCCACAUGAAAAGAAAAUCAUGUUACUGUAUUCUGAAAACCGGAAUCUGGCAAUGAAGAAUCAUAUUGAUAAGCAGUGAUGACAUUGACCUUUAGCAGCACCAGCUUCACGCCUGAGGAUGAACCUCACUUCUCCCAUGUGGGACCUCAGUUUCCCCAAAGCCUGAGGACCACACCCCCAGCCCUGGCAGUGCCCCGGGAGGGCCCCCUAGUGCCAGGACCAGGGCCCAGCACCUCGGAUGGAACAGAGUUCUCACUCAAGGUGCUUUACUUCUUCUAGUCAAUAUGCCGACUUUAGAAGCUCCGGAAGAGAGGCUGAGAAAAUUUAAGUAUCGUGGCAAAGAUGCAUCUAUGAGGCGGCAGCAGAGGAUAGCAGUCAGCCUGGAGCUCCGGAAAGCCAAGAAGGAUGAGCAGUGCUUGAAGAGGAGAAACAUCACGGAUGUCUCCCCUGACGCUUCUGAGCAACAGACCAAACGGGUCAGCCUCACCCUGCAAGAAAUAAUCAAUGGUGUCAAUGCCUCAGAUCCAGAACUAUGUUUCCAGGCCACCCAGGCAGCCAGGAAAAUGCUGUCCCGGGAAAAGAACCCUCCUCUGAAGCUGAUUGUUGAUGCAGGGCUCAUUCCCAGGCUGGUGGAGUUCCUGAAGUCAUCCCUUCAUCCCCGCUUGCAGCUUGAGGCAGCCUGGGCUCUGACCAAUAUUGCCUCCGGUACUUCGGAGCUGACUCGUGCUGUCGUGGACGGAGGGGCCAUCCAGCCCUUGGUUGAGCUCCUGUCUUCCCCUCAUAUGACUGUGUGUGAACAGGCAGUGUGGGCCCUUGGUAAUAUAGCAGGUGAUGGACCAAAAUUCAGAGACGACGUUAUCUUGGGUGAUGCCAUUCCACAUCUGCUGACCCUGGUUUCAUCAAGUAUACCAGUCACAUUCCUGCGGAACAUCACAUGGACCUUGUCCAACCUGUGCCGGAACAAGAACCCAUACCCUUCUGAUAACGCAGUGAAGCAGAUGUUGCCCACCCUCUUCCACCUCCUGUGGCACCCAGAUGAAGAGGUUCUCUCGGACACCUGCUGGGCUCUGUCCUACCUCACCGACGGCUGUGAUACACGCAUCGGCCAAGUGGUGGACACGGGGGUCCUGCCCAGGCUGGUUGAGCUCAUGAGCAGCUCAGAACUCAAUGUCUUGACCCCCUCUCUGCGCACUGUGGGGAACAUUGUCACAGGGACGGACCACCAGACCCAGCUGGCCCUGGACGCAGGCAUCCUAGCUGUGCUGCCCCAGCUCCUCACACACCCCCGCUCCUCCAUCCAGAAGGAGGCAGCCUGGGCCCUAAGCAACGUGGCCGCGGGGCCCCGCCAGCACAUCCAGCAGCUGAUCGCUUGCGGUGUGCUGCCUCCCUUGGUGGCUGUUCUAGAAAACGGAGACUUUAAAGUCCAGAAAGAGGCUGUCUGGACAGUGGCUAACUUCACAACUGGGGGCACCGUGGACCAGUUGAUCCAGCUUGUCCAGGCUGGAGUCCUGGAGCCACUAAUAAAUCUUCUCAAUAUCCCAGACACCAAAAUUGUUCUCAUCAUUCUCGACAUCCUCUUUUUUAUCCUCCAGGCAGCAGAGAAGAUUUCUCAGAAGGAAAGCAUGUGUCUGCUGAUAGAAGGACUCGGUGGGAUUGAUAGAAUUGAGGCUUUGCAACUUCACGAGAACCGUCAGAUUGCCCUGACUGCUCUGAACAUUACUGAGAGACACUUCUCUGAGGAAGAAGAAACUGGCACAACCUUACCAGCCCGGGACCAAGGUCACGAAUUCUUAAAGCACUUAACAAACACAUACCAAAGCUCCACAACUCCUAAAUCAGGGACCAGACCCAAAAAGUCACCUCUUUAAGAACCCCUUCCCCUUGGUGUACUACAGGUAUAAAGCUUUUAAAAUUUGAAUGAUAAUAAAAAUUUCCACACUUUCACCUCCAUCUGUCAAAAAUGCAGUUAAACCACUCGUACCUUAAAGCCAUGUGGAAUCCAUCUCCUAAGAACAUGUGGUUUAGUGGUUACCUUUCAGGAUCUUCAAGGAAGAUCUUCAGAGUGGGAUGGUCUAUAGCUACCUAGACAAACUUUGAGUUGCAGUUUAACCAGUAUUUCUUAUAUUUAUUUGACGGUGGGCCCCCUUCCCUUUUCCUUGUCAUGUAAUGCCUGUUAAUAUAGAACAUUCUUCAAGGAGAGCUGGGUGGGCAGUGGUCAAAGGGAGAGAGUGACUGGGAUGGGAAAGACCUAGAAACACAGUACUAGGUGGCGUGGGAAUGGAUGUGGGGUAUGCUUAAAGGAGGGUUGGACUCAAUUUGUAUGAUGUGAGUGUAGAGAUUAAAUCAAGUUAUAUUUUGCUCUAAAGCGUCACACGGAAAUGUCAUGCCCAAAGCACGGUCUUUGCUGGUCCUUGACAGGUAAGGAGGAAAGACGUGUGGGUGUCCAUCCAAAAUAUGGCUGGAAGGCAGUUCGUGGUCUCACAAGCUUCUCAUCCAGUUGUGAGAACAAAUCUAUGAUUCAGUGGACACUGGGCUUUCCAGUCAGUAUCUCAUCUCCUUUUGGGGUGACUCCGCCAGCUGCUGAGGGCUGUGUUGGGGGGAUGGGAUCCUCUAAGGGUUCUGCUCUCCCACAUGGAAAUGGAGGGGACCUGGGAGAUGCCUCUCAACUCCCUCUUUUGUUCAUCAGCUCAGAACCUCCUAGUUGGGCACAUCUUUGGCUAAGCAGAAUCUCAUUCUCUGAGGACCUUGAAUCUGAGACCCAGGCAUUGAGCCCAGAAGAAACAGAGAACUGGGAAGUGUUUGCUUCAGCGGCAAGGCUUUACACUCAGUGGAAUGGAUGUCCUCAGUGGUUGUCUGCUUCCUGCUUCUCCAAGGCUGCCCUUUGGACCUAUACAUUCUCCCAUAUUCCUCCCAUAGACUGUCUUAUAUAUAGAGAGAUAUAUAUCUUGGCUGCGCCACGCGGCUUUCAGGAUCUUAGUUCCCUGACCAGGGAUUGAACCCCGGCCACGGCAGUGAAAACGCUGAGUCCUAACCACUGGAUCACCAGGGAAUUCCCUAGAUUGUCUUUUUUAAAGUAGCUAUAGUUAGUUUCUGUUGCUUGCAGCUGGAAGAAUCUUAACUGACACACAUGAAGAGUGAAAAACUAAACCAUAACUAGUUAUUAUUUAAAUCCAAAAGCUCUAUUACGUCUCAUUCUGUCAAGUUCGUGUAUAAAAUUUGAAUUUUUAAGUUAAAAAUAUGCAAAAAAUAUAUAAAUUAUAUAUCAAAUAUAUUACUAGUGUAUAUAUAAUAUCUUAUCUAUUAUAUAUAAAUAUACUUUAAAAAAUGAAAGACAAAACAAAGAAUGGGAAAAAAGGUAAUUCUUCCACUCCAGCACAACUUUUUUUUUUUUGCCACACCACGAGCCAUGUGAGAUCUUAGUUCCCCGACCAGGGUCCCCAGCACAACUAGUUUUAUGUUUGCAGUUUCCCUUCCAGUUUGAGUCAACAUACCCCUCCCUUUUUUUUUUUAACCUGAUUCGGAUCAGAUUUUUUCAACAUUUUAAAACAUCACUUUUUCCCCCUAUCAGAGGGGAAGGCAGAAGGUGAGGUGGCUUACAAAAAUACUUCUUUGAGAGAAAAACAUUUUAAUUAAAAAAACUUUGGGGCUUCCCUGGUGGCGCAGUGGUUGAGAGUCCGCCUGCCGAUGCAGGGGACACGGGUUCGUGCCCCGGUCCGGGAAGAUCCCACGUGCCGCGGAGGGGCUGGGCCCGUGAGCCAUGGC